AUGCUUUCUGUCAACGUCAAACACGCGGGAAAAAAAUACGCGGUGGAGGUGGAUCCCGAGUCGACCGGGGAGGUGUUCAAGAACCAGCUGUUUUCGUUGACCGGGGUGCCUCCGGAGCGCCAGAAGAUUCUGGUCAAGGGCGGACAGCUAAAAGAUGACACGUUGAUGAACAGCGUGGGGCUCAAGGAGGGCCAGACGCUGAUGCUUCUCGGGUCUGCCGCGGCUCCUCCAAAGGCGCCCGAGAAACAGGCUGUGUUUCUGGAGGACAUGACGGACGCGCAAAAGGCCGAAACGCUGCAGACUCCUCCGGGUCUGGUGAAUCUGGGCAACACGUGUUAUCUCAAUUCGUCGUUGCAGGCGAUGCGGACGAUUCCGGAGCUCCAGGAGUCGUUGAAAACUAGUGGAGCCGCGCCCGGAUCGCUCACCAACGGCCUCAACCAUCUGUACACUCAGAUGAGCAAGACGACGCAGCCGUUCCAGCCCUAUGCGUUUGUGAUCCAGCUGCGAGAACACUUUCCGCAGUUUGCCGAGCAGACGCAGGGCAUGUACAAGCAGCAGGACGCGGAGGAAGCGUGGUCGUCGAUUUUCUCGGUGCUUUCACGUGAUCUGAAAGACGACCAUGUGGCCAAGUAUCUGGGAGGUCGGUAUGAGACCAAGUUGGUGUGCGAUGAGGCCCCAGACCGAUCGCCGGUAAUGGGCACCGAGGACUUUGCAAAGCUGCAUUGUCACAUUUCCAUCUCCACCAACUAUCUGGUGGAUGGACUCCAGGCCGGGCUGACCGAGACUUUGGAGAAGAAUGACGAGGAGCUGGGGCGAAAUGCGUCCUUCACCAAGACGCGGCGCAUUACGCGACUGCCCAAGUAUCUGACUGUGCAAUACGUGCGUUUCUUCUGGCGACGAGACACCCAGAAAAAGUCCAAGAUUCUGCGAAAGGUGAUUUUCCCCAUCAAUGAGCUCGACGUGACUCCUCUGUGUUCGGACGAGCUCAAGGCCAAGCUGAUUCCCGUGCGAGAUCGGGUCCGGGAGAUCGGCAAGGAGAAGGAGGAUGCCCGGCGAGCAGCCAAACGGGCCAAGAUGAAUGAGGAGGUGGGAGCUACCGGCGAGGUGCCUGCGGACGAAAUCCAGCAGAAGGACAAGGAGUACGCCGAGGAGAUUGAGCAGCUGACCGACUCGGAGCUCAAGAACGACGUCGGCGCCAACACCUCAGGUCUGUACAACCUGCAGGCCAUUGUGACCCAUCAGGGCGCCUCGGCUGACUCGGGCCAUUACCAGGCGUUUGUACGAAACGAAAAGGAGCCCGGCAAGUGGUGGAAGUUCAACGACGACAAGGUGACCGAGGUCGACGAGGCCAAAAUUGAGACUUUGGCCGGAGGUGGAGAAAGCGACAGUGCGCUGAUUUUGCUCUACAAGAGUUUUGAAUGA